AUGAGUCACUCACUAGCACUUCGUAAUGUUAUGCUGACAGAUUUGGACGAAUAUGUGAGGCAGCAGGAAGUCUCCAGCCACGAUGGAAUCUUGAAUUGGAAAAUCACUGAGUUCGCUAAAAAGAGGGAAGACGCCGUCUCCGGGCAACAGACGUCAUUUUAUAGCCCGUGCUUCUUUACCAGUCGUUAUGGAUACAAGAUGUGCGCGCGCAUCUACUUGAAUGGUGAUGGUAUUGGAAGAGGGACACACAUCUCGGUAUUCUUUGUUGUUAUGCGUGGUGAGUACGAUGCGUUACUCCGCUGGCCAUUCAGACAGAAGGUUACGUUCAUGCUGCUGGAUCAGAAUAACGUAGAACACGUGAUCGACUCCUUCAGACCUGACCCAAACAGCUCAUCUUUUCAGAGACCAAGAAGAGAAACAAACAUCGCUAGCGGGUGUCCUACAUUUUGUCCCUUGUCGGAGUUAAACGAUCAUGCCUACGUCCGAGACGAUACUAUGUUUCUGAAGGUCAUAGUCGAUACGACGGAUUUAUAA